AUGGAUUAUGGAUCUUCUGGUAAUCGGGUGUGGAUAGCGUGGGAUGAUAAUUUUAUUGAUGUUAAUGUGGUUGAAUGUGGAACACAAUUUAUCCACUGUCUUGUUAAUAUUCGUGCAAUUCAUGAGUCAGUUGCUGUUACUGUCGCUUAUGGAGCUACUGAGGUGGUUGAUAGGAGAGAGUUAUGGAAUGCCAUGGAAAAUUUAGCUAUACAGUGUGCUGAUAUCCCAUGGUUGAUUGGCGGGGAUUUUAAUUCAGUUCGCGACCUCAGCGAAGUAUGUGGCACAUCAGGGGAUAUCCGAAUAGCUAAUGAAGAUUUUAAUGCUGCCAUUCAAAAUACAGGAUUACUACCACUACCCAUGCAGGGAGAGUGGUACACAUGGCACAACCACAGUGCGACACCACGGAACCUCUGGAAAAGACUGGACCGUAUGUUGAUAAAUGAUAGAUGGAUGGCACGGUUCCCUAACACAUUCUACUCGGUCCUUACACCACGCACUUCAGACCACUCACCGAUGGUACUAAAUGGGGACCAGCAGCAGCAAUAUGGAGGUAUGUUCCGAUUUGAUAACUACCUCGCUCAUUCACCUGAGUUUAUUCCUAGUGUGCAGAAUAUAUGGCAACAUAACAUUUUUGGUACGCCUAUGUAUGUUGUGACACGCAAACUCAAAGCAUUUAAAUCAAUCUUCCGAGAGCAAAGGAGGAAUAAGGGGGAUCUAUCGCACAAUGUCAAAAUGGCGAAAGGGUUUCUUGAAGCAGCACAACUACUUGUUAGCUCAAGAAGGCGAGAUGAGCUAUACACACAACUAGAACACUGUUGUCGACUCGUACUGGCCAAAGCAACAAAAUUGGAGCAGAUUAUGUUAAAUCAACGAGCGAAGAUGCAGUGGAUGAAGGGAGGUGAUCAGUGCUCCCGAAUGUUCUUUCGGAAGAUUGCCCAACGAAGAGCAUCAAGGAGGAUUUUCCAGAUCAACGAUGACCAGGGAUCCACUCACACUGAUCCAAAAGAAGUUAUUAAUGAGUUUGUCACAUACUACCAAAACCUGCUAGGAGGAGAUAGACGAAGAGCAAGUAUUGACAUUCGGUCUGGAUUGUUUUGCCGAAUGGUCGGGUCUCAGACUGAACGUGCAGAAAAGUCACCUGAUUAUCUCACGUUCAGCGCAAGCAUUGCGUGCGGAGAUGUUGGCGCUACUCGGAUUUCAGGAAGGGGUUCUUCCAAUGAGGUAUCUAGGGUUAUCACUUAUAUCGUCUCGACUCACUAUUGCAGAUUGCCGUCCACUAUUAAUGAAGAUUGA